AUGGCCUCCGUCGACAUUUCUGCCAUUGAAGACGCUAUGAAAAUGGCUGCCCUCGACCAACACCGUGGAUACUCUCAAACAAAUUACGGCACCGUCCAGCAGACACAAAUGACCGAAUACAUUGCUCAACACCGCGCUGGCGGUUACCAGGUCCUGCGCGAGGCGCACUGGAACAAGGGUCUGUCGUUCACCCCCGAGGAGCGUGUCUCCAAGAACCUGACUGGCCUCGUGCCUCACGUUAUGGAGAGCCUGGACAUGCAGUGCCAGCGUGCCCUCAAGAUGGUCCGCUCGCGGCCGACGGACGUGGACAAGUACCUGUACCUGUCGUCCAUCAAGGGUGAGAACGUCGAUCUUUUCUACCGCCUGCUCAUCGACAACGCCCGCGAGCUUAUGCCGCUCGUCUACACUCCAACCAUUGGCGAUGUCUGCCUCCAGUACUCCACCAUCUACACCCGCCCUGAGGCCCUCUACAUCUCCAUCAAGCAGCGCAACAGCAUGAAGACGAUUCUGCGCAACUGGCCCCACCAGAAGCCCGAGAUUUGCGUCGUCACCGACGGCUCGCGCAUUCUGGGCCUUGGUGACCUGGGCAUCAACGGUGUCGGCAUUUCCAUUGGCAAGCUGGCUCUUUACACCGGCGCUGCUGGCAUCCGCCCUAACAACACCCUCCCGAUCGUCCUUGACUGCGGCACAGCCAACGAGCACAACCUUAAGGAUCCCCUGUACCUGGGUAUCCGCUCCAAGCGUGUGCCUGUGUCUGAACAGCAGGAUUUUAUGGACGAAUUCAUGGCGGCAUGCGCCGAGGUCUACCCGGACAUGGUGGUCCAGUUUGAGGAUUUUGAGAGUGAAAAGGCCUUUAAGUACCUUGACCGGUAUCGGACGAAGUACCGGUGCUUCAACGACGACAUUCAGGGCACUGGUGCUGUCGUUCUCGGAGGCUACAUUGGUGCCGUGAAUCUGUCUGGUGUUCCUCUGGAGGAACAGCGCCUGGUGUUUAUGGGUGCUGGAUCUGCCGGUGUCGGUGUCGCCAAGCAGCUCGUCGAGUACUACACGCGCCAUGGUCUCUCAGAACAGGCUGCUCGUGACAAGUUCUGGCUGGUGGACACCAAGGGUCUUGUUACCAAGGACCGUGGCGACAAGCUAGCGGAACACAAGAAGUACUUUGCCCGCAGUGACAACAACGGCCACCAGUUCAGAAGCCUAGAGGAGGUCAUUGAGUACGUCAAGCCGUCGGCCCUGGUUGGUCUAACGGCCACAUUCGGUGUUUUCACCGAGUCUGUGGUCCGCGCCCUCAAGGCCUCUGUCGAUGCUGGCGGCCUAAACCGGAGACCCAUCCUGUUCCCUCUCAGCAACCCCCUGACCAAGGCCGAAUGCACUUUUGAGCAGGCUAUCAACUGGACCGACGGCACUGUCAUUUUUGCCUCAGGAUCGCCGUUCUCGGCCUACACCGUGAAGACGGCGGACUCGAGCAUCACCUACUACCCCAACCAAGGCAACAACGUCUACGUGUUCCCCGGUCUGGGUCUGGGUGCCAUCAUGGCCAAGGCUACAAGUAUCACUGAUGAGAUGGUCUACACGUCAGCCGCAGCCCUUGCUGGCAGCUUGAACACCGAGGAGCUCCGCAUGGGCCUCAUCUACCCUCGCAUUGAGCGUGUGCGCGAUGCCAGCCUUGUGGUGGCGCGCGAAGUCAUGAAGGCGGCCCGUCGCGAUGGCGUCAGCACCCUGCCCGAGGAACAGUGGAUUGAGUGGGAGGAGUGGGGCGAUGUUGCUCUGACCAAGUACAUCAAGCACAAGAUCUACGACCCUCGCCCGUAG